UGGAACAACGUGGCGUCCUGCAUGGAGAAAUGGUUCGGUGAUAAACGGCUCUGGUUAUUUGGUAACAACCUGCCGCUACUACCUAGAAGGUCGCGCGCGAGCAGCCGCGCGAUGGAGCGCUAUGAGAAGCUCGCGAAGCUCGGCGAAGGCUCCUACGGCCUCGUGUACAAGUGCCGAAACAGGGACACCGGCGAGAUCGUAGCUAUAAAGAAGUUUGUUGAAAACGAAGACGAUCCACUGAUACGGAAGAUAGCUCUCAGAGAAAUACGGAUGCUAAAGAAUUUAAAACAUCCGAACUUGGUAAAUCUAAUAGAAGUUUUUCGUCGAAAGCGCAAAUUGCACCUCGUAUUCGAAUACUGCGAUCACACCGUGCUUCACGAACUAGAGAAAUAUCCAUCGGGUUGUCCGGAACUGCUCUCGAAGCAGAUAAUCUGGCAGACGCUUCAAGGGGUCGCGUACUGCCACCGACACAACUGCAUCCAUCGUGAUGUCAAGCCUGAGAACAUUCUCCUCACCAGCGAUGGCGUCGUCAAGCUCUGCGACUUCGGCUUCGCGAGGAUGAUCAGUGGAACCUGUUCUUCGGAAUAUUCAGUGCAUACGAUGAUACCGUUCGGAGUCGAUGUGCGGAGACGCGCUAGUCCAGGCCCCGGGGAGAGCUACACGGACUACGUCGCGACGCGCUGGUACCGAGCUCCCGAGCUGCUUGUAGGCGACACCAUGUACAGCACUCCCGUGGAUGUUUGGGCGAUUGGUUGUGUAUUUGCAGAACUGUUAUCUAGCGAAGCGUUGUGGCCAGGAAAGAGCGAUCUCGACCAGUUGUAUUUAAUCAGGAAGACUCUAGGCGAUCUCCUUCCGAGGCAUAUGACAAUAUUCUCACAGAAUUCGUUCUUUCAGGGUAUGGCAUUACCAGAACCAACGACAUUAGAGCCCCUAGAGAAAAAGAUUCCGCAACGGUACGCAAACAACGAAUUAGUGUUGGACUUUUUAAAGAAAUGCCUAGACAAGGACCCCAUGAUGAGGUGGACUUGCGAGCAACUGCUCCGUCAUCCGAUUUUCGAGAACUUUCUCUUCACAGUACCUCAUUCCGAUCACGAUGAUUUCGAAAAGGCCAGGAGAACACAGGUGCAAUCAUCACAUAUGCUGCCCCAGUUAAUAAUGACAGAGCGAUCACAGCCUAAGAAGAAAACCGAGAUGGAAGCCAGAGGCCACUUACCGACCAUAUGACUAGC